AUGAUAUGGAUGAGAGAAGAGCGAAGAGCGAAGAGCGAGACGAAGAGCGAAGAGGAAGAGCGAAGAGCGAAGAGGAAGAGUCGAAGCGAGAGCGAAAGAGCGAAAGGGAAGAGCGAAGAGGAAGAGCGAAGAGACGAGACGGAAGAGAGCGAAGAGAGAGCGAAAGACCACAGAGAAGAGCGAAGAGAGGAAGAGGAAGAGCGAAGCGAGCGAGCGAGAGCGAAGGAGAGGAAGCGACAGAAGCGUAAGAGAAGGCGCAAAGCCGCAAGAGCAAGAAAGCGAAGCUAGCGAAGAGCGAGACCUGAGCACAGAAGCCCCAGGAAGAGCCGAAGAGCAGCGCCAAGAGCGGAGAAAGAGGAGUACGAAGAGCGAAAGCGAAGAGCGAAGAGCGAAGACGAGAAAGACAGCGAAGAGACGAAUCAGAGCAGUAGAAGAGCGAAGAGCCGAAGACAACAGAAAGACACGGAACUGAGAGACACGCAAGAAGCCAAAGACGCAGCCGACAGAGCCAAAACGGAGGACUCGACUAAGCCACGGAACCCAGCGAAGAAGCGAAGAGCGAAGAUGCGAAGAGGACCAAGAGCCAAGAGCAAGAAGGAGCGACCAACGAGCCAAGAGCCAAAAAGACAGAUUCAAAAAGAGCUCCCAAGCCAAAGAGCGACAAGAAGCCGAAGAGCAAGAAGCCAAGAGUCUAAAGCCCAAGCAGCCAAUAUGAGCCAAGAACGCCUAGAGGUUCCGAAGAGCCAAGUAUCUUCAAAGAUGUCCAACAGUCUUCAAGAGCAAGAGCCAAGAGCAAGCAAGCGCAGAGCCAAGAGCCAAGAGCCAAGCAAGAGCCAAGAGCAAGAG